GCGGAGCGUGCACUUCCGCGGGGCGGAGCCGGCCCAAUGCUGACGUUGGCAGCCGUACCCGAAGUAGUUCGAGGCGACGGGUUGCACCGUCCUGUUGCGUUGUGUAGCGUUGCGUUCCUUUCCUCUCUCACUCUACGCUCCCGGCGGAGGCCACAGCGGCGACGCGAGAAUAUCCCGGCGGCCUGCUCUCCUCCUACCGCGCGCCCGUCUCGCUCGGCCGGACGGUCCGGCGUCGUCAGUCAGCCGGCGGCCCGCGCCCAGCUAAGGGCUCAGCCUCCGCGCCCGCCGCGCCCAGGCCCAGCGGCCGGAGCUAGCGCCCCACCUGAGAGCCUCCUCGCUCCGGCGGCGCGGGCACCGGGAGCGGAGCGUCGGUCGCAGCGGCCCGAGGAGAAGCGAGCGAGCGAGGCCCAGGGGUGGCCGGGGCAGGUGGUUGCGCCGCGAAGAUGGUCGCCAAGCAGCGGAUCCGUAUGGCCAACGAGAAGCACAGCAAGAACAUCACCCAGCGCGGCAACGUCGCCAAGACCUCGAGAAAUGCUCCCGAAGAGAAGGCGUCUGUAGGACCCUGGUUAUUGGCUCUCUUCAUUUUUGUUGUUUGUGGUUCUGCAAUUUUCCAGAUUAUUCAAAGUAUCAGGAUGGGCAUGUGAAGUGACUGACCUUAAGAUGUUUCCAUUCUCCUGUGAAUUUUAACUUGAACUCAUUCCUGAUGUUUGAUACCCUGGUUAAAAACAAUUCAGUAAAGCAUCCUGCCUCAGAAUGACUUUUCAUAUCAUCCUUCAUGUGUCAUUCCAAGGUUUCUUCACAAGUCAUUCCAAGUUUUCUAGCCCAUACCACAGUGCCUUGCAAAAGCACCACAUGAAUAAAGCAAUAAAAUUUGUUAAGCUACAGUAGUGGACCCUACUUAUUUAGUCAGUAAAGAGUAAGGUUUUUUUUUAAUGUGGUUAUUAGAACAGUAUACAAUAUAGGUAAUUAGAUUGAAUCUGUGUAGACAGGGUCUAGAUUUUGUUAGCCCUAAUGUGUAAAUGCAAUUAGCUUAAUUUAAAAUUUGGAAUCCUACGGUUUUUAUAUAGCUAGGCACUUUAUUACUAUUUCUUGAAUUGAAAGCACACUCCCAUAGAGGGUCAUGUAACCGUCCUGUAAUAAGGUGCUUAUAAAUGGAACAAUUACACAGUUAGCCUAGUUUUCCCGAAAUCUUUAGCACCUAAAAAUUUUAAAAAGCUUCUAAAUGCCUAAUAUAAAGGGAGAUGCUUAUAGCCACAACGUCUAUUUUAACAAUAUUAUUUCUAUUACACUACCUUGGAUUUUGCAUGAGUGAAUAUACUAACGUAAGAGGCCAUAAGAAAACAAGUUGGUUGAGCAUUUUAUAACUUAGUCACUUCGGUUUCACUAAAAGCAGCCAUGGUGGAGUAAAGUCAGGGAAGGUUUUUUAUAUCACCAUUGAUUUCACCAGAAUUACUUUAAUAUAUCAAAGGGGUCUAUGAUGCUUACAACAUUUUAGGGAAAAAUAGUACUAAAAAUGGAUGCCUCAUCAGGACAUACUGUUGAGUCCAGUGUGCCGUAAGACAGCAUGUUAAUAGCACUUUUAAUACCAAAAAGGCACAUCAACUGCAAAUUAGUUUGGAAAUGCUUUUUCUUGAUUUAUGAUUAAAAUUCUGUUAGGGUACUAGAUACAUCAGACUAAAGUGUCAUGUGAAAUUAAAUGGAUUUACUGAUAAGGAUCAGUCUUUAGUCUUCCCUUUGUUGUAUGAUUUUAUAGGUUAUGAUUGAUCAAACUUUCUUUUUACUAAUGGUAAAGGUGAGUGAUAAGGCAGGUUUUGAGUUUUCUGGUACUGUUGAAAAGAUUUCAAGUAUUGGCUAUUUAAAUUCUUAGCCGUAAUGAUGAAAAACGCCUGAGAGGUGUCUAUGUGUUAAUGAAUUGGAAAGCUGCGUGUUUGCUGUGUUAAUUGCCUCAGGAUACCUCUUGAAAAUAAGCUGUUUUAAGAGGAACAGAAGGGAAAUCUACUACCUAGUCUAUAUACAGUGUGAACCUCAGAGCUUCUGAUACCCCUAAGUUUGGGGAGAAUGAAGGAGAGGAGUGGUUAAGGAUGCUUAGGAACUUGACUAGAAUAGGAAAGGAAUCUGCUGACCUUGGGCCAGCAGGUUUUUAUCUGCAUUGUUACCUGCCUUUCUCACCCAGGAAAUCAACCCCUGUACUUGUUUCCCUCUUGGAAACAAGUGUCUUAGUUAACUAAUUCUAUUUUGUUGUAACUUAAAAAAUGAAAGUUAUUGUUCUAAAUUCAUAGCAGGUGCCUUAUUCUUUGCUUUGAGUCAAACUAUUCCAUAUCAGAAUUUCCCUUGGUUUCCUACAGAUAACUCGCUUUAAGACAUUGAGGGUUUGUUUGGUUUUUUUUUAAUGUACAAUGUCUGUUAAUUUGACUGUUAAAUUGCCAUAGUGAGCAAUCAUUUUACAUAUGUAUAGUUGCAUUCCCUUUGUGUAUCAUGUCAUUACCAAUUGGGUGUAUUUUUAAGGAUGGAUUAUGCAUGUUUGGGUCAAUGAAAGCUAUGUCAUUUCAUUUACCCUUUAAAAAUAAAGAUCCCUGAAUUUGAUGACUUCUGAAAGGAAAUGAUUUUAUAGAGUUCUUACCUGAGUAUACUUUUUAUACUUAAUAGAAAAUGAUUUUAAGGAACGCCUGGUAUGUUGUACUUGAGUUAAAAGAAAUAGUACCCAGAGGCACAAAUUUAAGGUUUUAACUGGGAAUAGGUAGCAAGAAAAAUAUAUAAAAGCACAAUGAAUUAAAAUACUUUCCCAACUGGGGUUUACCCUCAUCUCAUUAUUUGAGUCUGGUUCAAGGAAACAGCACAAUUUUUUUCUUUUUUUGAUUUCCCUUUCCCAGUUGAAUUUUAUAUGUCAUCUAAUGUUGAGCACAAGGUGAGAAUAAAUACUUUAUCGGGGUUGUCUACAUUAUCCAAUUACUCUUCAUAAUUUAGCUAUAACGUUUCAAGGAGUUGUCCAUGAUUUCAUUGUAUCUGUUGGGUUGUAUAUAAUGCUGCUCAAAAUGAUUGAGUGGGCUUCCAAAAUAAGUGAAGAUUCUCAUUGUAACAAUUCAUUGUAAUAGGCUUUGAUUUACAUUAAAGAAAUGUAUAUACUCAACUGCAA